AUGCUAAUGCUGAAGGUGGAGCUGACCUCCCAGGAGAUUAUACAACCCAAGAGCCGACUUGGCAUUGGUUUCCGUAUUAUGCCCUGGGCGGGUCUGGCCUCUGUGAUGGGGGACAGAAUCCAGACACAUUACAUUGAAAAUAUGCCCUGGGAACGCUGCGUCGCCAAUCAAGCCACAUCGAUCUUGGCUCAAAUUUACACCGAUGAGAAGUUGAGAGAAAAAUGCGCCACCGUGACGCUGGAAGCAUGUAAUGGUGAGGCGUGUGGGGUCUACCGUCUGAAUGACAACAGCUGUGUCAAAGUAUUAAGCCUGCAAAGAACUUUUGCCGGCGCACAGGCGGAUUGUCAACUUUGGAACGGUCAUGUGGUGAAAGUGAAAAAUGAGGAAGAGCACACCAAGCUGAUGUGUAUGAUGUUGCGGCUAUUCCCGGGGCAAUACCGCUACUGGGUCGGUGCCGUACGAGGAAAAGAUGGUAAUUUCUACUGGGCUGGUGAAGAUACACCAGUGGAGUUUAGUCCAUGGGGUGAGGAUCAGCCCGACAACUAUAACAAGAGAGACAACUGUGUGUGGAUGAACUACAACUCCUGGGGUGGAUGGAACGACGGCCUAUGUGAUGACAUGCGUUCUCUGGCGUGUCAGUUCCCAAUUCCAAGCUAAGUUCUGUG